UUCGAAAGUCUUCCGGGCGCUCAGCGCUUGGGACCCGAGUUGUGUUAUUUGCUUGUUGUCUGGGUUUAAGAAAAUUCGGAAAGUUGGAGGCAGCUAGUUAGACUUCAGGCCCAACUAAAUAACGAAGCCAAGCGGGAAGGGCUGUCCGGUGUGUUGCAGAUAAUCACCAGCAUGGGAGUGAAUGAUUUGUGGCCAAUUUUGGAGCCUGUUAAGCAACACAUCCAUCUGCAGAAUCUUGGUGGGAAAACCAUUGCAGUCGAUCUGAGUCUCUGGGUAUGCGAGGCACAGACAGUCAAAAAAAUGAUUGGAACUGUCGUGAAGCCUCACCUCAGGAACUUAUUUUUUCGUAUUUCAUAUUUAACUCAAAUGGAUGUGAAGCUAGUUUUCGUUAUGGAAGGGAAGCCACCACAGCUGAAAGCUGAUGUCAUAAGCAAGAGGAAUCAGAUGCGUUAUGGGACUUCUGGAAAAAUGUGCUUUCAGAAAACAGGGCGAUCACAUUUCAAAUCAGUCUUGAAAGAGUGCCUUGCUAUGCUGGAAUGCCUGGGGAUCCCCUGGGUGCAAGCUGCCGGGGAAGCAGAGGCUAUGUGUGCUUACCUCAACGCUGCUGGCCAUGUAGACGGCUGCCUGACCAAUGACGGGGACGCCUUUCUCUACGGAGCCCACACUGUUUACAGGAAUUUCACUAUGAACACAAAGGACCCACAUGUUGACUGUUACACAAUGUCAUCUAUCAAGAGUAAACUAGGUCUGGACAGAGAUGCUCUAGUUGGACUAGCUGUACUUCUCGGUUGUGAUUAUCUUCCAAAGGGAAUCCCUGGAGUUGGAAAAGAACAAGCAUUAAAACUUAUACAGAUUUUAGAAGGGCAAAGUUUGCUUCAGAGGUUUAAUCAGUGGAAUGAAAAAUCUUGUUAUGCUACUUCACAACCACUAGUCGCUAAAAAACUGGCUCAUUGUUCUGUGUGCUCCCACCCAGGUUCACCGAAGGAUCAUGAACGUAAUGGCUGCAAAUUUUGCAAAAGUGAUAGAUACUGUGAACCCCACGACUAUGAAUACAUCUGUCCUUGUGAGUGGCACCAGUCAGAAUAUGAUAGGCAACUGCAUGGAGUAGAGAACAAUAUUAUGAAGAAAGCGUGCCGUUGUGAGGGAUUUCCAUUCCAUGAGGUUAUUCAAGAAUUCCUUGUGAACAAAGAUAAAUUGGUGAAGGUUAUCCAGUACCAAAGACCUGACUUAUUACUGUUUCAGAGAUUUACUCUUGAAAAAAUGGAGUGGCCAAAUCACUAUGCCUGUGAGAAACUAUUGGUGCUUUUGACCCGCUAUGACAUGAUGGAAAGAAAACUUGGUAGAAAGAACUCUAGUCAACUACAGCCAGUCCGGAUUGUUAAGUCCCGAAUCAGAAAUGGAGUCCAUUGCUUUGAAAUAGAGUGGGAAAAGCCUGAACAUUAUGCUAUAGAAGAAAAACAACCCGGAGAACUGGGUCUACUUACAGUUGAAGAAGAAUCACUAUUUCAGGCAGCCUAUCCGGAGAUCGUUGCUCUUUACCAAAAACAAAAACUGGAAGUUAAAGGGAAGAAACAAAGAAGUAUAAAAGUUAAGCCUAAAGAAAACAAUUUGCCAGAAUCAGAUGAUUUAAGUGUCCAGUCACUUUUGACUGUAAAACCCACGUGUGAAGUCUUUCCUGAGCAGAAUUCCAAGUUAAAUUUGGAAAUUUCUUCUCAUUCUCUAUUACCACGGGAGCCGCUUUCUUCCUCCCUGAAUAGCUUGCUUUUACCUGAAGAUACUCCUUGUUUGAAUAUACAAGAAAACUUAAUACCUUCUCCAAGGCUUUUCAUUACAGAGCCAAAUAAAGAUGCUAAUAAGUCUCUAAUUUCAGAAUCUAAUCAACUCAAUACUUCAUCUCAUAGUGUAUCUGUGAUUACUAAUCUACACUUGAGCACCAUUGACUGGGAAGGUACUUCUUUUAGUAAUUCUCCAGCUAAUCAAAGGGCUGCGUUCUCUCACAACUUAAAACCAAAACUUCAAUCAGAGGUAUUAGCCAUCUCUCAUGGCUUUGAAAAUAUCCCAGAACAAUUUCUGUGCGAGUCAGAGAAGAGCACUGCAAACAAUCAGGUGUUGGGUGGGGAUCUUCAGAAGACUAGUCCUGAAGAGCAUCUUCUUUCUGGUGUUGCUAAUUUGUAUCUUCAGGAUUUGCCUUUAAAGGAACGAAUAAAAAUGAAAUUAUCAUAUCCUCCAAGCAAUGCACAACCAGAUAUGGGCCUCAAAACUGUAUCCUUACCAAAGGAAAAAGAAUUACCCAGGGCUAAUCAUAAUUCUGCUUGUCCAUUGCAUCGUUCAAAGGAUCUUGUAGGAAGUCAGUUGCAAAAUGAAUCCAGUGAAGUUCUAAAAGGAGACCGGCUGUUUCAGGAGAAAUGUAAGAUGAAUACUUCUCUACCAUUUUCUGCCAAUAACCUACUAGUAAAGACCUCCAGUGUUCACAUCGGGCCACCAAGCACCGCUUUAGAUCACAGGAGAAAGGUUGACAAGCAAACCACUAAGAAAAUUGUGAAGAGCAGUGUUUGCCUUGACAAAUACUCUUCUGAUGAAGAAAGUGGCCCAGUGUUUUGGAAGGCAAAAAACACAACUCAAAAAGUAAAGCACAGUACUCAGAAACAUAAUCCCCAAUUGAGAGAAAGUGGCUACAACAAGUCUAGCAAUCCCGAAAUACAUGUUAAAGGAACAGAGUUGCCCUUUGACUCUGAUGAAACAGCUAGAAAUGAAGAAAACUGUUUCUCAGAUCCAGCAAAAAGUUAUCAGGGGUUUCUUAAGAAAGACAAUGAUCCUGAAACUUGUUUGGAUAGUCCUCUUCCUUUACGCCAGCGGUUAAAACUAAGGUUCCAAAACACUAAAUGAAAUUUAAAAGAAAUAAACACAACAUACUAUAUUGGUGUUGGCAUUAGCAGAAGCAUGAUAUCUAGUGUUUGGUAGAAAAAUUAAUAUGAUUUUGUCAUGUAACCUCCAUUUUAAUCAAAUUGUAACUUAAAAUGUUAAAAUAAUGCUUUUUAAGGGAUGAUUCUCUGCAGUGACAACUCCAGAUAAUGUAUUUUAAAGACAUUUUUACCAUUUAAAAAUAUGCUUAUUGAUUAUGCUCUAAUGCUUAAAAAUAUUAUCUAACAGAAAAAAUGUUAUCCAUUUGUUCAAUUUUGCUUUUCCUUCUCCUCUAAAGCAUCUGUUUAUAUCCUACCUUGUUCCCAAGAAGGUAACUCUUCAUUAUUGUCUUCCUGUGUCUUCUAUUAUACUGUUGUGUUUUCUCUCUGUGAAUAAACCUCUCCCACUUUUGGUGAUCUUGUUCACCAUGGUGAGGGACAAAAUGGAAAAGAGAGGAUGAUCAAU